ACGAUGGGCUAGAUCGAGACUAUGGACACUUAUGAUAUCACCGUCGUGACACGAACGGCUCGCCGCACACCACCAGCUCAGGUUUAAGAUCGUCUGCGCAUCAGCUGUAUUGACAUUUCUAUCAUGCCUGUCGUUUCAGUCGGCAUGCCUCUGGGACCAGGAUGUUCUACUUGUGGCUAUUGCGGGCCACUGGGAGAGCGAAGUAGCACUGAGACUAGCUUCAAGAAAGCAGGGUUUAUUGCCUCUCAGCUAUCAUGCGAAGUCUAUCAAAAGAUGAUCUACCGAGGGUGGAGACGAUCUGGGACAUAUUGUUAUGCUCCUGAUCUAAGACGGUCGUGUUGUCCUCAGUACACCAUCAGGCUCGAUGCGUUAGUGUUUAAGCCCUCUCGCAGCCAAAGAAAACUUGUCAACCGCUGGAAUCAUUUCGUUAUGCAAGGUCACAAAUCCGAGACUAGUGGUUUUCUGCCACUACAGGGUACAUUAUCUGCCCCGAAACCAACCAAACCAUUCAAGUCAGAUGGUAAUACUUCGAAGCGCGAUCCUCCCACAUUUUUUCUGUCUACCUCGAUACACGCCGCUGAGGUUGGCUUCACUUCUCCAAAUGUAACAGUCCGUCAUAAAUUCGAGGUGACGCUGGAAUCAUCAACCUACACGGAAGAGAAAUACGCGCUUUAUCUCCUAUACCAAAGAGAGAUCCACCACGACCCAUACAAUACACCAGAAGACUUCAAGCGUUUUCUUGUAAAAAGCCCUUUGAUAAAUGAACCUAUCCCAUAUCCUACAAGCCCACCUGAUCAUCUUCCGUCACAAUAUGGUUCUUUCCACCAGAUGUACCGACUUGAUGGCGAAUUGAUCGCCCUGGGUGUCAUUGAUAUCCUGCCUGCAUGCGUCUCCAGUGUGUAUUUCAUGUACGAUCCAAAGCACGACAAAUAUUCCCUUGGGAAGCUCAGUGCAAUUCGAGAGGCCUCAUUGGCUAGAGAAAUACAUGAUGCAGGUGCUAUCACCAUGACAUCACUUGCCAUGGGGUUUUACAUCCACUCUUGCCCAAAAAUGAAGUACAAGGGCGGGUAUUCGCCUUCGUAUCUUGCCGAUCCUGAAGAAUUUACGUGGUUUCCUUUGGCGGAUUGUAUUCCGCAGCUAGAGAAAUUUCGCUAUGCCGCUUUUGCGCACCCCGAACAUUCGUUGGAAGGUCCACAGGAUCCUGGUGAAGGCCCUCCUGUUCGCGUCUCAGAGGAACUACUCAACGAGGUCAUGGUCAUUUAUUCCAUGCAACAAGGGGCGAUAUCCAUAAUCCCUGUCAACUUAUCUCACCAGUGGAACGAUGAAUAUAAUCGCGAGGAGAUUCUAAGUUGUGUCAAUGCGCUAGGAGAUCAGUUAUCAAAGGAGAUCAUAUUUCGGUAAUAAAAAUAAUGUGACACCUACAUUUUCUCUUUCUCUCUGUGAUACCAUUGUUUGAUUAAGUACUAGGCUUGUGUUUUUACCGCGGACGCUUUCGAGACCACUUUAUGAUUUAUGCUAGUCAGCACGUGAUCGUGUCCCAAUUGUACAGCGAGUGAGCUGUAGUAUUUUACCUGUGAAACU